AAUGUAUCAGGCAUUUAUGCUCUAUCAGUAAAUACUCUGAAAGCUGAUCACAAGUUAGACUUACUUCUCCAGAAUACUCAGAUUCUCACACAACAGCCUCGUUUGGACCCUUGGCUCACCAAAGUACUGAUAACAGAACUGCUGUGGGAAAUAAGAGAGAAUCUAUAGAAAAAGAUUCCCUCAUGGUACUGAUUAUCCGCAACUGCAGAAUAUUAUCUAGUCGGCACAGAAAGCAAGCUAGAAAAGGAGAGCUGAAGGAUCGUGAGAGAUCUUGCCAUUCGCGGAAUAUUGAUCAUAUUAAGAACGAUAAAAGCAUGGGGUUGGUAAUGGUACUAGGCACAUUGCUGCUGUAUAGCACUGCCAUGUUCACAUUGCCCUUUGUUGCUUUCUAUGGAGUACGGCAUUAUAUAAGACUGGAAUUUCAGACAGAUACUUUUGUAACUAAUUGUAUAUCAGUAUUUGCUGCUGUGGUUACAGUAAACUUGAUUAUCUCCUGUUAUGCCUACCAGGCCCUACAUGAAACAGCCGAGGAAGAAGAAAAUAACACAAAGGAGGAAGUGGUUGAAUCUGAGGAAAAUUUGAUUAAAAAGAGCCUUUAAUAGAGUUAUUUUGCAUAUGAAAAUUUGUACAUAUCUUAUUAACAAAAUGCAGUUAAUUAUAAUUUGAAUGCAUUUGUCUGCAUUUCUAUGUAAUUCAUUUUGUGUAAUUAAUAUGUGGGAACAGAGAAAAAGAACUGAGGGAGAUAGAUAAAUAUAGGGGAUAUCUAAAGAGGAUUGGAUAAGAAAGUUGAUUUAGAAUUGCUUUCUUUGAAGAAUUUUAUAAUAUAUUUGUACCAUCAUGAAAAAUAUAUAUUUUUUUUAUCUAAGCAAAAGUAUUUCUAUGCAAUUUAUGAUUUAAAGGAUAAAGACAAGAACAUAUGGGGAGGCAAGUGGAGAAAAAGCUUAACAGUUGAGAGUGAUAUUUCCUAUGAAAGUUUAUGGUAUUAAUUGUUUU